CUUGACCCCAAAAGAGGGGAGCACAUUACCAUUACAAACACAUGUUGAAUUUUAUGUUUUCAUCGUAAAAAUGGAUAAAUUACUGAAAGGCAUAAUGCGAUACAGAUCAACAAAGAAGAAUAAAAUGGUGGAAAUGUUUAAGCGCGUUAAAGACAACCCAGUUCCUAAAGCUGUGUUUUUUACUUGUAUUGACAGUAGAAUGAUACCCACACGUUUUACACAAACAAAUAUUGGUGAUAUGUUUAUUAUUAGAAAUGCUGGUAAUAUAAUUCCCCAUUCACAGCAUUUUAUGGAUGAGUUAACAACAAACGAACCUGCUGCUUUAGAGUUGGGUUGCGUGGUAAAUGAUGUUAGGCAUAUUAUUGUAUGUGGGCAUAGUGACUGUAAAGCUAUUAAUCUACUAUAUAAAUUACAAGAUAGUGAUUUUGCUUCCCAGGUAAACAGAAGAAUAUCGCCCCUAAGGGCCUGGCUCUGCACCCACGCCUUGUCAAGUUUAGAAAAAUUCCAACAACUCGAAUUAACAGACUACAACAAACCGUUAAUUUUUCAAGCUGAAACUCCACUAAGAAAAUUUGUGGCUUACAUAGAUCCGGAAAAUAAAUUUAACAUUGAAGACAAGUUAUCCCAAAUCAACACACUGCAGCAGCUGCAAAACAUAGCAAGUUAUGGAUUUUUAAAAAGGAGGCUGGAAAAACACCAGUUGCAUAUUCAUGCCUUGUGGUUUGAUAUUUAUACAGGAGAAAUUUAUUAUUUCAGCAGGGCUGCCAAGAAGUUUGUGGUGAUCGAUGAAGAAAAUGUGGAAAAAUUGCUGAACGAAGUCAAUACUUAUUAUUCCUAAGAACAAUUGUGAUAUAUUCUUAGAUUGAAGAGUGUGUUCUUUAGUCUAAGGGUGAGAU